GCGGAGGAAGGAGGACAGAGCAGGAAGAGCAGCGGCUAGGCGGCGGCGGCUGAGUCCAUAGGGGCAGAGGCGCAAGCGACAGCUCUCGGGGGUGGCAGCGGCCCCGGGCGCAGGAUGCGGGUCCGGGUCGGGCUGACGCUGCUGCUCUGUGCGGUGCUGCUGGGCACGGCCUCGGCGUCUUCGGAUGAAGAAGGCAGCCAGGAUGAAUCCUUAGAUUCCAAGACUUCUCUGCCAUCAGAUGAGUCGGUAAAGGACCACAGUACAGCAGGCAGAGUAGUCGCUGGUCAGAUAUUUCUUGAUUCAGAAGAAGCAGAAUUGGAAUCACCUGUUCAGGAGGAGGAAGACAGCCCCAGGAGCCAAGAAGGAGAAAGUGGCACAGAAGAAAUCAGUUUUCUAGAAUCUUUAAAUCCAGAAAACAAGGAUUAUGAAGAGCCAACGAAAGUACAGAAACCAGCUUUGACAGCCAUUGAAGGCACAGCACAUGGGGCACCCUGCCACUUCCCUUUUCUUUUCCUGGAUAAGGAAUAUGACGAGUGUACCUCAGAUGGGAGGGAAGAUGGUAGGCUGUGGUGUGCUACAACCUAUGACUACAAGGCAGAUGAAAAGUGGGGCUUUUGUGAAACUGAAGAAGAGGCUACUAAAAGACGGCAAAUGCAGGAAGCAGAAAUGAUGUACCAGACUGGGAUGAAAAUCCUCAAUGGAAGCAAUAAGAAAAGCCAAAAAAGAGAAGCAUAUCGGUAUCUUCAAAAGGCAGCAAGCAUGAACCAUACCAAGGCCCUGGAGAGAGUGUCAUAUGCUCUUUUGUUUGGUGAUUACCUGACACAGAACAUCCAGGCAGCUAAACAGAUGUUUGAGAAGUUGACUGAGGAAGGCUCUCCCAAGGGACAGACUGCCCUUGGCUUUCUCUAUGCCUCCGGACUUGGUGUUAAUUCAAGUCAGGCAAAGGCCCUUGUAUAUUAUACUUUUGGAGCUCUUGGAGGCAACUUAAUAGCCCACAUGAUUUUGGGUUACCGCUACUGGGCCGGCAUUGGAGUCCUGCAGAGUUGUGAAUCCGCACUGACUCAUUACCGUCUCGUCGCCAAUCAUGUUGCUAGUGACAUCUCACUGACAGGAGGCUCCGUAGUACAGAGAAUACGGCUGCCAGACGAGGUGGAAAACCCAGGGAUGAACAGUGGGAUGCUAGAGGAAGAUUUGAUUCAGUAUUACCAGUUCCUGGCUGAAAAGGGGGAUGUGCAAGCACAGGUCGGUCUGGGACAACUGCACCUGCAUGGAGGGCGUGGAGUGGAACAGAAUCAUCAGAGAGCGUUUGACUACUUCAGUCUAGCAGCUAAUGCUGGCAACUCACAUGCUAUGGCCUUCUUGGGAAAGAUGUACUCAGAGGGAAGUGAUACUGUGCCCCAGAGCAAUGAGACAGCGCUUCACUACUUUAAGAAAGCGGCUGACAUGGGCAACCCAGUUGGACAGAGUGGGCUCGGAAUGGCUUACCUCUAUGGGAGAGGAGUUCAAGUUAAUUAUGAUCUGGCACUGAAGUACUUCCAGAAAGCUGCUGAGCAAGGUUGGGUGGAUGGGCAACUCCAGCUUGGCUCUAUGUAUUAUAAUGGCAUUGGAGUCAAGAGGGAUUAUAAACAGGCCUUGAAGUAUUUUAACUUGGCUUCUCAGGGAGGCCAUAUCUUGGCUUUCUAUAACCUGGCACAGAUGCACGCCAGUGGCACCGGUGUGAUGCGAUCGUGCCACAAUGCAGUGGAGUUGUUUAAGAAUGUAUGUGAACGGGGCCGUUGGUCCGAGAGGCUUAUGACUGCCUAUAACAGCUAUAAAGAUGGCGAUUACAACGCCGCAGUGAUCCAGUACCUCCUGCUGGCCGAACAAGGCUAUGAAGUGGCACAGAGUAACGCAGCCUUCAUUCUCGACCAGAGAGAAGCAACCAUUGUAGGUGAGAAUGAAACGUACCCCAGAGCUUUGCUGCACUGGAACAGGGCCGCCUCUCAAGGGUACACGGUGGCUAGAAUCAAGCUUGGAGACUACCAUUUCUAUGGCUUCGGCACCGACGUAGAUUACGAGACUGCAUUUAUUCAUUAUCGCCUCGCGUCUGAGCAGCAACACAGUGCACAAGCUAUGUUUAAUCUGGGAUAUAUGCAUGAGAAAGGACUGGGCAUUAAACAGGAUAUUCACCUUGCAAAACGUUUUUAUGACAUGGCAGCCGAGGCCAGCCCAGAUGCACAAGUACCAGUCUUCCUAGCACUCUGCAAAUUGGGUGUCGUCUAUUUCUUGCAGUACAUACGAGAAACAAAUAUUCGAGAUAUAUUCACCCAGCUUGAUAUGGACCAGCUUUUGGGACCCGAAUGGGACCUUUACCUCAUGACUAUCAUUGCAUUGCUGCUGGGAACAGUGAUAGCUUACAGGCAGAGGCAGCACCAGGACAUGCCUGCGCCCAGGCCGCCGGGGCCACGGCCAGCACCGCCGCCACAGGACGUGCCCCCGGAGCAGCCACCACCACAGUAACAGCACCGUGGCCAGCCUCGAUCAGUGACAACCAAGGGAAUCAUUUGCAGUCAACACCGGCGUCUGAUUUGGGACUUUGGCUCAGUGGCCACCUCCUGGAAGAGGCACAAGGAAGGUUGAAUUCCUAAAGCUGCUUAGAAUCUGAUGCCUUUAUUUUCAGGGAUAAGUGACUCUUACCUAAACUGAGUUAAUUUCAGUGCCGUUUGGAAUAACAACUCUCAGUGGCUUUCCUUUUUUUGUUUGUUCUGGAAACAUAUGUGAGACACUCUAAGUAAUGUCUACUGUAUCCAAUCUUUCUUGGGUCCUUCCAGUCAUUCUCAGUGUGCAUCAGUUCUCCAAUCAACCAUCUUUAAGGUCUUGUGCAUUGACACUAAAAACUGAUCUCUGUGAAAAGGAAAACCCAGUUAAUCGCAAGUUUAACCUUAAAAUGUUUGAAAGUCUGGAAAUAGAACUUGCUUUUUAGGUAAAAAUCAAAACAAAACAAGUCUUCAAUGUGUUUCGGAACGGCCAUAGGAGAAACUUUCACCAAUCCACACGCAAGUAUACAUUUUUAGCACACUUGUUAUUUUAAAAGGGAAGGAAGGGAGGUUUCUGAAUGCUGGUGAUUGUCAUACUUUAUACCACACUUCUCUCCUUCAAAGACCGAAAGGCCUUGUUAGAGUUGUGUGUGAGCUGCAUUUCUUUGGAAUGGAAUGUCUAUAAAACAUUGUCAACCGAGUCCUUGAGCUAACACGGGCAUUUGCCCCACCCACUUAAUGUAAUUUGCUUGUUUGUUUUGAGUAUACAGAGCUUUGAUCUGGAAGCCAGAGGAUGGACUAAAUGGGAGAAAUUAGAAAGCAAUAUUAUAGGACUCUGCUUGGGGUACCAGGGUCAUAGAGAUUCUUCCCCCAAAGUUGACGCAUUUGCUCCCAGGGUUUAUUUAGUUUGCAUUUCUUAUUGCAAAGGAACAGAUCAUCCUCCCGAAUUCUUUAAGUAUGAAAUGUUGUUGCCGGAUGUGGCAUACAGUGACUACCAUGAUAAUACUAAAACUGAGACAGGGAAUCUAGGACGCAUGAGACUCAGUGGUUGAGGAAAGCCAAAGCCUGUUCGCACUGCUCAGGUAGAUUUUCACUUCUGCAGUUGUACGUUCCAAUAGAAAGAGCCUCUUUCUUGCUUAGCUCUCCUAUUCCCCACCCUCCCACUGUGGACACGAGGAAAAUCAAGGCUAUUCCACUUGAGAAUUGUCUGGUUAAAUUGUAUGGAAAACUCCAACGAAGAAAACUUGAGAACUUCACAUAGCCUACAAAUGAAAAAAUUAAAUGGAAAUUUGUAUUUCUUCCCAUUGUCACAUGGUGGUGUUCACCAGCCUAUAUCUGAGGCUAUGUUUAUACCUAAGCAAACUUUCUAGGCCCACUGACCUCAGUCUGUUUAUCUUAACCUUUAUACUCUCUUUCCACAACCUCUCAUCUGCCAGAAAACCUGAGGAGUUUAUUACCUGUAGAGUGGUAAGACUUUGCUUCUUGAAGUUGGGAUUGUAUUUAGAACAGAUUUAGUCUGUAAUGAACAUGAGGGCUUUAAAUGUGAAGCUGUGUGCUUUUUUUGUUUAGAGUAUUAGGAGAAAGCUGGUGAGCAAUCUUUCCUCCCAGAUAAUCGCCUUCAACUUUGAAGAGGCGGUCACAGCGAGAACCCUGUGUCUAAAAGCAUAUCUGAAAGGUGGGAAAUGUUACCCUCAAGAAGUAUAGUGCCAUUUUGGGCAGCUCUUGUGAAUAUCACGGCUUGUUGGAUCUCUUACACUUAGAGAUUCGAGUGCAGUGGAUGGGAUCUGUGGGCUCCUCUGCUGCCUCCCCCCACUCUGCAGAGUCAGUAUGACCCACACUUCCUUUCAGAGGAACGGUUUUCAUUGAUUUAAAGUUUAAAAACCUCUGAGACGACCAAACUUCCAUUUUUUCCCCUCUGCCAUCCACCUCAUUUCUCCUUUAGCAGCAUUUUUCUCUCUAUCUUUACUUACCUCCAUCAAUCCUUUGAAAAAGCAUGUCAUACAACAGCGUGCACUAACUACUCCCGAAAGCUAGAUGGGAAAGGGCAGUCAGUUUACCACUUGCCCUGUCCUUUUAUUAUUAAUAUUUCAAAUAUCCCUUUCUUAACUUUUUUCCACUUCCUGUUUUACCCUCUUUUGCUGCUGGAAAUUCGAACAGUGUAUUUAAAAGAACUUAGUUCCUAUGGCUUCGUGUCAUCAGUCCUUAUGACUAUCUCAGAAUACUCUGCUCCCUUCUCCCCGUACCCAAGCCAAUAGGAACUGGUUUGGUGUUUCUCCUAAAAUAAUACUCAAUCUUUAACCUAAUCAAAUGGCAUCCAUUUGAAUAAAAUGACAGUAACUAAAGCUAGUUAAUGUCAGUGACAUGAAACUAACUCCAGGAUUCAGGAGUUCUAAUGGUAGCAUUUAGAGUUAGCAGACGGAGCGAGGCUUCAUUUCUCCGCGGUAGCCCCUCUCUCCCGUCCCGUUUCUAGUCUGUCCGCUUAGCUCGCACUCGCUCGUGCGUUUGGUGGUGGUUCACUCGACUGUUUCAGAGUCUUGAGACUCCGUUUUGCUUCCAUUUUGUGGUGCGAAGGUAGCAUUGGUGUUUGGGUUUGCUUUUUUCUUUUUGUGUUUGAAGUUUUCAUUUCUAAUUUCUGAGUGAGGUGUAUCUUAUUCUUGGUUAUUAUUCAAAGGCACAGAAGAAGUAAUUCAAAACUCCUUUUUCAAAGUUUGUUAUUAACACUUAAAUGAGAUUAACAUGUAUUAAUCUUAAUACUCUUGACGGUGUGUUACCCUUGUGCACAUAAGGUUAAUUUGUGAGAGUUUUACUGCUGAGCUGUUUUAUCUCCGUACCAUUGGGAAGUUGUAAAAGCUUUCACGUGUGAUCUGGCAGUGAUCUGAUGCUUUAUUUAAUUAAAGGGCUGCCGUUACCUCCAGGAAACAAGUAUUCUGUACAGGAUUUUUUCCUUGCUUUGUUUUUUUCUUCCUUGGGUCCUCAUGUUUGUUCUUCGGGCCAGUGUGUUGGAGGUGUGCAUGCAGGCCUGUAAAUGAAGACCACAACUCCUCUGUGUGUAGCAUGUGUAUCAUUGUCUGGCUACAUCUGCAAAACACUUCCUGUACAGAGGUUUGGACUGACAUUUCACAUCCACAUUUGAAAAUAAAAUGCUUCCAGUAGAGCAGACCCUUUACCUGCCAGGAAGGGCAACGUGGACUACAUUUGCCCCAAUGACAUCUCGUAUUUGUUUUGAAAGUGAACUUAAUACAUGUUGCACAAUAUUAUGACUAGAGGUGUGCAAGAAAUAAAGCAAAAGAAACUUCUAUUUUCAUGAAGAUGUUUUUUAUCAGCCAUUGCUCUCAAAUAUAAAUGAAAAUAAAAAAUUUCUGAAUACCAUGUGAUCUGAGGCACUACCUAAUUUUUAAUGUGUAGCAGUCAUCAAAAAGAAACUAAAUUUCUCCUUCCACUUGAUAUUUCAAGAAAAUUUAAAAUGUCCCAAAUAAAAAUGAUUUGUAUUUUAAAGUGACUAUUUGCACAAGUAAAAAUCUGAUGUUGUUUGCAUGAGAAGGGCGUCUUGGUUAUUACGUGCAAGGAGACAUCUCACAUGUGCUGUUUUCCUACUUGGAUCGACGAGCAAGCUGGCACUGUUCUCUUUGAUUCAAAGAAAUCAGUGUCGAUAUGAUCAAGGUGUAACCACUAUCAAUAUUCAGGAAAAGUUUUGAAAGACCAUAAGCUGACAUUGGGAGGAACACCAUGGUAGACUUUUUUGUAAAUUUAUUUUGUAUUUAAUUAAAUACAGUAUAAAGGCUGGUGAAGUGUAAUAUAAUUGUGUAAACAAACCCUGUUAAUAGAGAGAUGUACAGAUUCGUUUUGUACUGUAUCUUGAACCUUGUGAAAUAAAGACUCCACCUCUGGUUA